UUUUUUUCCAUCUGAUCUAGGGUUAGGCAUCUCGUUCCCAAAACAUUCAUCAAAGUCGACCUUUCACUUUCAAGUGAAAUAGAAAUAUGAUUCAGACUGACCAGAGUGUCUGAGUGAAAACAAGAUGAACGGAGACGUAGAGAAGAUGGUGGCGGUGGGUCUAGUGUGGGGCGCCACCAACGCCAUCAUGCGCCGCGGCGCUCUCUUGUGGGACCAAGCUCUCAAAUCCACUCCAACACCAUCGCCACAACACAAAUUGCUCUCUUCCCUCAAAAACUGGUUCACUCUCCUCUCUAUCUGGCAAUACUCCAUCCCUUUCUUCAUAAACCUCUCGGCCUCCGCUACUUUCUUCGUUAUUCUAAGCCACACUCCCAUCUCUCUCACCGUGCCCGUCACCAAUGCCACCACAUUUGCUGCGACUGCCGUCUUCGGAAUGCUUUUAGGGGAAGAGACCCGCUUGGCCCACGCCUUGUUUGGAGGGGAAGAGAAUAAAGUCAUAAACAUCUGUUUGGGGGAAGCCAUUGCCGUUUGGAAAAAAUGUCUUUCGUCUUAUACAACAGGAAUAAAUGAUUAACGGCAAUGUG